AUGUUGGGAAACCCUGAGAGCGGGAUCUGUCUGUCUGGAGGCGCCGAAGUCGACUUUGAUCUGAGUGAAGGAGGGACCAGAGAGAGUCUGUGCAGGUGGGCCUCUACGUGCAGCUCCACUUCUGCAGAAUUACACCCUCCGGGAAAAGUCAGUCACCGCUGGAUCUCUCACUCCUCCCGUGGAAACUUUCAAACAUGCCCUGGUCCUGGAGCCUCCUCCCCGGUCACCAGCUGCCAGUCCCCCCGGUGUAAGGACCUCCACACCAUCUACAACCACCUGUACCGUAUGGACGUCCUCACACACCUCCGGGAGCACCAGCUGAGCCCGGACUCGAUCGCCUCCUGCUGGUACAUCCUCCUCACUGGUUCCGUCUUCGUCCAGGAGCAUAUGUACCUGGCGCGCUGCUGGUUCGUACUUCUGUCUUCUCUGUGUCUCACUGCUGUUUCAGGAUCAGGGAUAGUGGCGCCCCCUGGGGACAGCACCAGAGCAGGACGUGUGGCUGAUCAUGCUCUGUUCUCAGCGGCUGCUUUUAAUUACAGAAGUGUGUGGAGCUGGAGCGGAGCCAACUCUGCUGAGGUGGAGAACGGCCAGCGAAGCGGUAGGAGAACCUGCUCCAGAGAGAGGAGUCCCAGAGGAGAGCCCAACUCCUACACCACGCCGCGCAUGCUAGCUCCAGGUCACUUCAUUAAGAGGCUUCUCCUGGUGUUUCCCCGAAGUCUGAGGUCUGAGCCGAGGAUCACGGCUCUCCUCUGGAACUAG